AUUCGAACUCCCAAGGAUAAGGGAGAAGGAGAGAGCCACACAACCAAUAAAGCAAGAGAAAGGGGAAGCUGCCGCAGGUUCGUUCUCCAGUGCGUAAGGUUACUUGUUUGCUUCAUAUCUCGAGUUAUACACAUCCAAAUAAGGCGUGCGAGAUACCCACAGAAAGCUCUCAAGACGAGGAAUCCGUGAAGAUCUGGUUUGCAUCAAUCGGAGUAGUGGAAGGCUUCCAAAUCGUCCGAUCAAAACACAACCUCGCGGAAUACGUUUUUGUAUUCAAAGUUAGGGAACGGAUUCAUCGGGAAACACCCGUUCUAGGGACUGUUUUUGUGUCUUCGGUUAGGAGUUGAAAUAGCACUUUGAGGGGGCUGUUUAACACUCAAUUCCAAGCAAGGAAUCAGUUCUCAAACUUCCUUGGACGGGACUUUGGUCAUUGGAUCAAGAAGGAAAAGUUUAAAGCUCAAUUAAGGUUGAGGCUAGAGCUUGCUUCCUGUGCUCGUUGCUCGAGAGAUCAUAUAGGAGGGAAGACUUGGUUCGUGCUUCCUCCGUUCUGUUUUAAACAUUAAUAAACAUGCUCAUGAAUAUUUUACUAUAGAGCCUGCGUGCUCAUGUUUGCCACGUGUGGCAUUUGUUUUCAAACUAUGUUUUCCGCUACGUAUUCGAUUGCUUAUUAUGUUGUUUAUGGAUGGCUUACGUGUGAAUGAUAUUCGAGACGCCUUGUAUAAUAUGAAUGUGUUGGACUGCGGUUGACUAUUUGUAUUGUACGGCGGGUUGUUGACGUGUCCGGGGAGGUCCGGGGCGUGACAAUUAAGUUGGUAUCAGAGCCUUAGUCCAUAAACUUCAUAAUGAAGUCUCAAAAUUUUCUUUUGAAAAGAUUUUGAAAACCAUGAGCAUAGAAGUUUUGUACUUGGAGAGCUUUUGGUACUUGGGUUGCAAGGUCUCUAAUUGUUAAGAUGGUACCCUUAGCAAUUGGUAUGGCGGUGACUCGAGCCAAAACGUGUCUUAAGUACCUAUCCGUCAAUUGACAUUUGAUACGAGUCUAACGACUCUUUCCAAUUUCUUUAAGAAAUGGACCGUGGUGGCAGGAUUACUAGGAGGAACCCGAUCGGCCGUGUACCAGUGGAGACUGGACAGGGCAGUCGAAGGACCUCUAGGGCAUCUAGAGGAGCUGGCCGUGGAGGCCGAUCACAGACCGUGAGUGACGGUCAUGUCGACACAGAAAGUGAAACCUACUGGUCCUAUGAGGACUCGACUUACCAACCGGAAACCGAGCCGGUUGAGACCCCUUACGAAGGGGAUGACGAUGAUGUGAGUGAUGAAGAAGGGGAGAACGACUCCCUAGCAAGAAUUGAGGCGCUGCUCCAGCAAUAUCAGCGGGAGCGCGAGGAAAGGAGGGAACGCCGAAGGCGCCGAGGAGGGCGAACUUCGGGUGGGGCUUCAAGAGGAAGAAGCCAUGGCGACUCUAGGGCCCACAUUGAACCACAUGGGGGCCGGGGUGAUGGAGGUCCGAUCAUAAGGAUCUCCAAAUACCUCAAAGAGGCACGAGACCUGGGGUGCAAACCCUUCAAUGGAGCAGGUGACAUCUCGGUCGCCGCGGAAUGGAUCAAGAGGUUGAACGAAGCAGCCCUUGAUAUGCAACUCACCCCCGAAUUCAAGCUAAGGGUGGCGGUAAGAUUGCUUGAAGGGAUGGCAUCCACAUGGUGGGACGGAGCCAAGGGGAAGUAUGGCAAUGUUGUGACUUGGGAGAAUUUCCGGCAGGAGUUCUUUGCCCAGUACUAUUCUGAUUUUGAGGUGAACGCUAAGAGAAGAGAGUAUACCCUCCUGACCCAAGGUGGCAAAAUGACGGUGAGGCAACUUGAACACAAAUUCAGGGAGCUCGCGGAGUUCAUACCGGAGUAUAUCUGUGACGAGAACCGGAUGGUGAACCACUUCUGGGAUGCUCUGGACUUGGAAAUACGUGAUAGAGCAACACAAUUGCCUAACAUGACGUUUGCCCAAGUAGUCGACCAAGGGUUGAAAGGGGAAAAACAGUGGGAGGAGAGAAAGAAGAGAGACGCCGAGGAGGCGAAGAAGAGAAAGUGGGAGAGUCACGGCUCCCAAGGUUCCAACAAAAAGGGGAACCAUGGAGGGGGAUCUUUCCGUGCACCGCCGCCACCAUCUAGGGGGAACCAGGGCUCGAGCAGGCAUGACUCGGGGUCACAAGCCUCGGGGACGCCUCGUUGCUUGAAUUGCAAGAAGAGUCACCUCGAGAAAUGCCGUGAACCUCCUAGAUGCUUCCAAUGCGGGGACACCGGGCAUUUGAAAGCGCAUUGCCCACAAUUGGGUGGGGCAAGGACAUCGGGACCGAGUAGUGGUCCGACGGGUACACGGAAUCAAACCGGGGCUUCUCAAGCGAGCCGGGGGCAUGGGGGAGCGAGUACGAGCAACGCACCAUCCGUGAAUCAAGGAAGGACUCAAGCUAGAGUCUAUGCGAUGACGGAGGCGGAUGCUCGAGCGAACCCGGAUUCCGUUGCAGGUAUUAGCUCUUGAAAACGUGGUAUUUUAGCCUUAUUUUAAGUGUAUAUGGUUUACGAGUAAGGCCCGGCCACCGUAGGGGCGAACCGGGCAUUUCGACUCACAAAAAACGAAGUGUAGUCAAAUUACCCGCCCCAACCGGCGCCGGUCCGAGGCUAACCGGCGCCAGACAUGCCUUUGAGGGAAGCCUGUUUCGGACCGGCCCUCCCCCAACCGGUGCACAUCUGGGGCAAUUUUUCAUCCAACCGGCGCCGGCCACCCCCUAACCGGCGCCGGACCUGCCCUGGGACGAGCCUGUGUCCGACCGGCCCUCCAAACCGGCGCUGCAGGCCAGCGAAACCCAGCCAACCGGCGCCGGAAACCCACCAACCGGCGCCGGACCUUCGAUGGAAGCAGCCUGUGUGGAACCGGCCCAUUAUGACCAGGGCAGCCGGGACGUUUAACCGGGACAACCGGCGCCGGUCAGGCCUGAACCGGCGCCGGUCCGAAGUCUUUUCGGCUGAAAAUUUUCCGUACCCAAGCGGGACCCACCCCGGUUGAACGGUAAAUGCACCCCAACCCUAAAUAAAGUUUAGACAUGUUAGGAAUGGUGUCUUACAUGGCUUAUAAAUGUAGGAACAUUAAGGAUUAAUGGGAAGGAUGCGCGAAUCCUUAUCGAUACCGUGGCGCAACGUUCAUUUGUGAAUGAAGCGUUCGCCAAGAGGUUGGGAGUGCAAUCCGCACCAUUGAUGCAAACCUUAGUGGUAUCAACACCACUAGGGGAUGACGUGGAAAGAACUUGUUACUAUCCAUCUUGUGGGGUGGAGGUUAAUGGUCAAACCUUGACGUGUGACUUCGUACCGCUGAGCAUGAUUGAAUUCGAUGCAAUCCUAGGGAUGGAUUGGCUAGAAAGGAACCAUGCUAGGGUAGAUUGCCACACGAAGGUUCUUGAACUCGAAGGCAAUGAUGGGGAGACCCUACGCUUCGAGGGCGAUCGAGGGGGAUCAAAUAGCUGUAUCAUAUCCGCCGUGAGAGCGAGAAGUAUGAUGAGAAAGGGAUGCCACACAUAUCUAGCAUACGUGGUUGACAAAACCAAAGAGGAAGCGAACAUCGAUGAUGUGAGGGUGGUUUGUAAGUAUCCGGAUGUCUUCCCUAAAGACAUACCGGGGCUCCCAUUUGAUAGAGAGAUUGAAUUUGUGAUCGAGGUCGAGCCUGGUACCAAACCAAUCUCCAUACCGCCAUACCGUAUGGCACCCGCCGAACUUAACGAGUUGAAAACCCAAUUGCAAGAGCUUUUGGAUAACGGUUUCAUUAGACCAAGCCACUCCCCGUGGGGAGCGCCAGUUCUUUUUGUGAAAAAGAAAGAUGGGACACUUCGAAUGUGUAUUGACUAUCGUCAACUGAACAAGGUCACAAUCAAGAAUAGGUAUCCUUUGCCUAGAAUUGAUGACUUGUUUGACCAACUACGAGGGGCAACCGUGUUUUCAAAGAUUGAUUUGAGGUCGGGUUACCAUCAAUUGAAGAUUAAGGAAGAUGACAUACCAAAGAGUGCUUUCCGCACAAGGUAUGGGCAUUUUGAAUUCCUUGUUAUGUCGUUUGGGUUAACAAACGCCCCGGCGGCAUUCAUGGACUUGAUGAACCGAGUAUUUCAUAAAUACUUGGACCGAUUCGUGAUUGUGUUCAUAGAUGACAUCUUGAUUUACUCAAAGAGUGAAGAAGAGCAUGAAGAGCACUUGAUACUUGUUCUUGAGACACUACGGGAGAAGCAACUCUACGCCAAAUUUUCUAAAUGUGAAUUUUGGCUAAAGGAGAUUGGCUUCCUCGGGCACGUGGUUUCAGGAUCGGGAAUUGCUGUUGAUAACAAGAAGAUAGAAGCCAUUACCGAAUGGGAGAGACCAAAGAACGUCAAGGAAAUUCGUAGUUUCCUUGGACUGGCAGGCUACUACAGAAAGUUCGUGGAGAAGUUCUCUGUUUUGGCAUCACCAUUGACGAAGCUCACUCGUAAAGGAGCUAAGUUUGUAUGGGAUGACAAAUGUGAGGAGGGGUUCAUGGAACUAAAGAAGCGAUUGACCGAGGCACCGGUAUUUGCAUUACCCAAACAGGGUGUGGGGUACGAUGUCUAUAGUGAUGCGAGCAUCCAAGGUCUUGGAUGCGUACUGAUGCAGAACGGGAGGGUAAUCGCCUAUGCUUCACGACAGUUGAAGAAGCAUGAGGUGAAUUAUCCUACUCAUGACCUGGAGCUGGGGGCUGUGGUGUUUGCACUGAAGAUAUGGAGACAUUAUCUCUACGGGGAGACAUGUCACAUAUACACUGAUCA